CUACUGUUGAAAUUCCUACGCUAACCAACUUUAGCCAUCUUGCUAACAUGUAAUUAAGCGAAUGUGGUGAAACUGCAUUCAUGGUACCACAAUGGGUUCGAAGUGACAGGUAAUAUGCUGGUUCUGAAACUGGAAUACCGAUGUAAUUGGCGGUGUUCUCUACGUGUCGCCGUAACAUCCAGAACAUGUCCAGUUAGCUAUAACGCGGCGAUUGGUGGAUAACGAACCUGGCAAGCUAGCCAGUCAGUCCGGGCUUUGGACUGGGUUGGGGCUAUUGGACAGGUUUUCUCGCCCGGUGGACAGCCGAGCCGGAUGCUGUGAUUAUCAUGAGUCCCGCGGGCUGCCCCCAUGUCAACUGCUUCAAAGUGGACAACUGGAAGCAGAACCUGAGGGCUAUUUAUCAGUGUUUCGUAUGGAGCGGUUCGGCCGAGACCAGGAAACGCAAGGCCAAGUCGUGCAUCUGCCACAUGUGCGGCGCUCACCUCAGCAGACUCCACUCCUGCCUUUACUGCGUCUUCUUCGCUUGCUUUGCCAAAAAACACAUCCAUGAGCACGCCAAGAGCAAACGACAUAACUUAGCCAUUGACUUGCUCUAUGGGGGGAUUUACUGCUUCAUGUGCCAAGACUACAUUUACGACAAAGACAUGGAACAGAUUGCCAAAGAGGAACAAAGGAAAGCCUGGAAAAUGCAAGGUCUGAAAGCAUUUGAACUCAAAUUGGGAAUUGGUGAGAAGUACUCAACAUGGGAACCCACCAAGAGGGAGCUGGAGCUUCUCCGCCACAAUCCCAAGAGGAGGCGAAUCACCUCCAACUGUACUAUUGGUCUACGUGGUCUGAUCAACCUUGGCAACACGUGCUUUAUGAACUGCAUAGUCCAGGCACUCACGCACACGCCGCUACUGCGGGACUUUUUUCUGUCUGACCGACACAAAUGUGAAAUGCAAAGCAACUCCUGCUUAGUGUGUGAGAUGUCACAGCUUUUCCAAGAGUUUUACUCAGGCCAUCGUUCACCACACAUCCCGUUCCGUCUGCUCCACCUGGUGUGGACUCAUGCCCGUCACCUGGCCGGCUAUGAGCAGCAGGACGCACACGAGUUCCUCAUCGCCGCACUGGACGUACUGCACAGACACUGCAAAGAUGAUAACGGGAAAAAAGCCAACAACCCAAACCAUUGUAACUGCAUCAUUGACCAAAUCUUCACGGGGGGCCUGCAGUCUGAUGUCACCUGUCAAGUCUGCCACGGUGUCUCAACAACCAUCGACCCAUUCUGGGACAUCAGCCUGGACCUGCCAGGAUCCUCCACUCCUUUCUGGCCGCUGAGUCCGGGGGGAGAUGGCUCGACACUAAACGGAGAGAGUCACGCCACUGGAGCCACAACACUGACAGACUGCCUACGAAGGUUCACCAGACCAGAGCACCUCGGCAGUAGCGCUAAGAUCAAGUGCAGCGGUUGCCACAGUUACCAGGAGUCUACCAAGCAACUGACCAUGAAGAAGUUGCCCAUCGUGGCUUGCUUUCACCUCAAAAGAUUUGAGCAUUCUGCCAAACUACGGAGGAAGAUCACGACGUACGUCUCUUUCCCCUUGGAGUUGGACAUGACGCCAUUUAUGGCCUCCAGUAAAGAGAGCAGGAUGAACGGCCAGUACCAGCAGACCGUGGAGCCCUUCAACAACGACAACAAAUACAGCCUCUUUGCUGUGGUUAACCACCAGGGAACACUAGAGAGCGGCCACUAUACCACCUUCAUCAGACAGCACAAGGACCAGUGGUUUAAAUGUGACGACGCCAUCAUCACCAAGGCCAGCAUUGAAGCGGUGCUGGACAGUGAAGGGUACCUUUUAUUUUACCAUAAACAGUUCCUAGAGUACGAAUAGUGCAGCCCUCCUGACAAGAUAUACGAACCCUGACGCACCACUGCAACUUGCAAAACAUUUCCACUGGAAUUCAGGAUGCACCGGACAACAAUCUGCUGGUUGUUAAUCUGCUAAACCAGUCUGCACGCUGACUUGUGGCCAUCUUCAUGGUACUUGCCUGGCUUUUCGCAUUUUCAGACAGACAGAAAAAAAGUAUCUUUUUUUUUUUUUUUUUUCAAAUUAAUUUCUGCAGAGACUUGAUCAUGGAUGGUGUUCUUGACUUUAUACAUGGGUGGGGAACCACGAUGGGCUCUGGACCGCUAUGCAAUUGCAAUGAAACAGAAAACCCCCCUACACAAUUUAUCUCAAAAAAACCUAUUCACACAUUUGCACCGAUACCAUCAUUCGCUGCCUCCCUCCGACUUUAAAAUGGAUUGGACGUCUACGGAUUUAAAUUCAUAGGAAGGGGAUGAUUGGACAUACAAUUGGAUGGUUAGCAUCAUCUUUGGAAUUCUUUUUUUUUUUUUUCGCGCUGGCGGCCAUUUUGGGUAGAGCGACCGGUUGGAAACGAGAUCUUGAAGAGUACAUAUUGCGCAGCAUCCACACGUUAUUUCUUCUUCGUACUUUCUUUUUUUAGCGCCAUAUCGGUGCAACGUUAGUUGGUACCUAAGUUACCCAACUAUUUGGCGUUGAAGUCCCUUCAAAAAUUUGGGAAAAGCUUUUCCCCAUCCCUGUAUCAAAUCAUUGUACAGUGCUGGCCAAAAGUAUUGGCACCCCUGCAAGUCUCAGAUAAUGCUCGAUUUCUCCCAGAAAAUUAUUGCAAUGAGUACUAUAUGGUAGUAAUAUGUUCAUUUAUUAGGAAAAAGCGGCAUGGAAAAUGAAUGAAUGAAUGAAUGUUCAUUUAUUUUGCUUGCAUCAUUAAUAUUUUACAUAAAACUCAAAAAAUGGGCCAGACAAAAGUAGUGGUACCCUUUUAAAAAUCGUGAUGCUUCUGUAUUUUGUGUAAUUAACAGCACCUCUUACUUACCUGUGACACAUAAGAGGUGGUGGCAAUAACUAAAUCACACUUGCAGCCAGUUAAAGUUGACUCAACCUCUGUAAGAAGACCAAAGAACUGUCUGAGGACUUGAGAAGCAAAAUUGUGAGGAAGCAUGAGCAAUCUCAAGGCUAUAAGUCCAUCUCCAACGACCUGAAUGUUCCUGUGUCUACCGUGCGCAAUGUCAUCAAUAAGUGUAAAGCCCACGGCUCUGUGGCUACCCUCCCUAGAUGUGGACGGAAAAGAAAAAUUGACGAGUGAUUUCAACGAAAGAUUGUGCGGAUGAUGGAUAAAGAACCUCGACUAACAUGCAAACAAGUUCAAGUUGUCCUGCAGUCCGAGGGUUCAACAGUGUGAACCCGUACUAUCUGUCGGCGUUCUGAAUGAAAAGGGACUCUAUACCCAGGAAGACCCCACUUCUGACUCAGAGACAUAAAAAAGCCAGGCUGGAGUUUGCCAAAACCUACCUGGGAAAGCCCAAAACUAUUUGGAAGAAUGUUCUCUGGUCAGAUGAGACAAAUGGCAUCAACAUAGAGUUUACAGGUAAAAAAAAACGAGGCCUUCAAAGAAAAGAACACAGUCCCCACAGUCAAACACGGAGGAGGUUCCUUGAUGUUUUGGGGUUGCUUUGCUGCCUCUGUUACUGGACUGCUUGACUGUGUGCAUGGCAUUAUGAAGUCUGAAGACUACCAACAAAUUUUGCAGCAUAAUAUGGGGCCCAGUGUGAAAAGCUGGGUUUCCCUCAGAGGUCAUGGGUCUUCCAACAGGACAAUGACCCAAAACACACUUGACCCAAAAAGCACAAGAAAAUUGUUUGAGAGAAAGCACUGGAGACUUCCAGCAAUGAGUCCAGACCUGAAUCCCAUAGAACACCUGUGGAGAGAUCUUCAAAUCUCAGAGACCUGCAGCAGUUGGCCAAAGAAGAAUGGUCUAAAAUUCCAGCAGAGCAUUGUAAGGAACUCAUUGAUGGAUACUAGGGGUGCACGACAUUCAUUUUUUGAAACCGAUAUCGAUAACUUCCUGCUCCUCAAAGCCGAUACCGAUAUCGAUAACCCAUAAUAAAUUUUUUAAAUGUAUAACCUGAGUUUUUGAACACCUGGAGGUUUAAAAAAAAUAAUAACUGUGGAUUCAACAUAGAUUUGCCUUUGAUCUCAUCAGAUUUUUCAUAAUGACUUGAACAAAAACUGCACUGCCCGACAGCCAGCUAAAAAUGAAUGCACUUCCAUAAACCACAAGGCUUGGUCUUUCCUUGCUUUUAUGGGAAGACACUCGUCUUAAUAUUGCGAAAGUACAACAGAAAAAUACACAUAUUCAAUACUCAAUAUACAACAAACUGCACAAUACACUUAUAUACACAACUUCCAUAUGUAUAGCAUAGCACACUAGCUUGAGCUACUAAAGCAUUGGCUGGCUUCUAUAACACAAUUUUUGAAGUUCUGUACAUAUGACCCUUAACCACAGAAGUAAACAUAUAUUGCACAUCCAUAUGUUAUAGUAAACAUAAAAUACAUACAUAUACUGUAUUUCUGAGGCGGAAACGUAACAAAGCAUUCACGACUGUCAAUGCUCCCGCUAGACACCGCAUUGUGUAAGUGAUUGUACCAAACUACUGUGACAAAAAAAUAGAUGCAGUGAAUUAUUCUGACCAGCAGGUGGGAGCAAUGGCCCGCAAAUGAUCAACUGAUUUCCCAUACUAGAAACUGUAAAGCCAGAACAGUACAUUUUAUCGGUCCUAUUAUAAAUGUUAUUGGAUUUAUCGUGAUGACGUCAUAAUUCCUAUUAUCAGACCGAUAAUUAUCAGACCAAUAAUUAUCGUGCACCAGUAAUGGAUACCGAAAGCGGUUGUUCGCAGUUGUUUUGUCUAAAGGUUGUGCUACCAAAUAUUAGGCUGAGGAUGCCAAUACUUUUGUCCGGCCCAUUUUGGGAGUUCUCUGUACAAUGAUAAUGAUUAAAAAAAAAAAAUUCAUGCUCAAUGUGGUACACACAAGGACACAGGUUGAGUCAACUUUAAUCCAUUUUAACUGGCUGCAAGUGUGAUUUAGUUAUUGCCACCACCUCUUAUGUGCCACUGGUAAGUAACAGGUGCUGUUAAUUACACAAAUUAGAGAAGCAUCACACAAUUUUUCAAAGGUUGCCAAUACUUUUGUCCAGCCCAUAUAUAUUUACAGAUAUUACUGCCAAAGCAUUUGUAAUUGCAAUCAUUUUUCUUGGAGAAAUUGAGCAUUAUCUGACAGAAUUGCAGGGGUGCCAAUACUUUUGGACAACACUGUAAAUGUCAACCCCUCUCCAAGCUGGUCCUGUCUGAAGACGAAGGUAUUUUUUAUGACAUUUUAAACAAAGUCAGUCAUUGAAAUUCACAAAAAGCACAUCAUAUCUCACAUAGUAGCCUAUACAGCGCGCGCACACACUCUCUCUCAAAAUGACCAAAUAUUGUAAAUCUGUGUAGGCAUUUUUCACUGCGUCACAGAGGAAGAAAGACGCAAACAUCUCCUUACAAGUUGUAUGAUAAACAUUAACUAGUCGUUUAUUUAUGUCACUACUUGUGGGUUCGUCGUCGGUCAACUACACGGGAAGCUCCCGUGGCGCUCUCCUCCGAGUGUUCCGGAAGUUUCCGCCUCUAUUGCUGCUUCCAACUGUCGCAGGGGCGGAUGUUACUCAGUAAAUAUUAUAUUUUUAUAAAUAAUGUAAUUAUAAAAGAAUUCGUUUACAGGUUGUUGUUUUUUUUUUUUUUGCAUUCACUCUCAUGUCGUCCGUCCGUGUUCCAUUGUGCUGUGUUGUUUUAUAUACGCAAGAAGAGCUAACAAUACACACCUGAAAAUGCUGCUAUGGCAGUUUAGUUAGAUGACCCCUUUUUAUUUUGAAGUUCAUACAGUGGUAUGAAAAAGUAUCCGAACCUUUUGGAAUUUCUCACAUUUCUGCAUAAAAUCACCAUCAAACAUGAUCUGAUCUUUGUCAAAACCACACAGAUGAAAAAAAACAGUGUCUGCUUUACCUAAAAUCACCCAAACAUUGAUAGGUUGUGAUACUUUAUUGAGGAUAGCACACAAACAAUGACAGAAGGGAAAAAAUAAAUCUGCCUAAGGAGACUUAAAGAGCAACUAAAACCAUUUUUAAGUGAGGUGUGUGCCCAAUCACAGAUGAGUGGUAAAGCUGCCCUGCCCACUAUAAAACACACACCUGGUAAGAAAUGUCUUGAUGAGAAGCAUUGGCUGAUGUGCAUCAUAGCUCGGUCAAAAGAGCUGUCUGAAGACCUGCGAUCAAGGAUUGUUGAUUUGUAUCAAGCUGGGAAAGGAUACACAACCAUCUCCAAAAGUCUGGAUGUUUAUUAAUCGCCAGUCAGAGAAGUUGUCUACGCCAAGAGUUCAGCGCAGAAUACACAGAGAGUGAAGGAGAUAGUACCUUUUCUCGUAAGCACCUAAUGGUUUGCAUUACUCUUACACACUUAAUAUAAUCAAUCUGGGAAUAGUAUCGUUUCUCGUAUUUACUGUUUUACUGUAUACUCUAACACACCCAAUAUAAAAUAAAUAGCACUUAUACCAUAGUUUUUGGAAAACAAGCAGAAUAUGGGGCAAAAGAGAUAACGCCUUCUUAUCACGGAAGCCUAGCAUGCGUCAUUCAACUGAUUGAGCAAGAUUGACGCACCAACUCCUGCAAUGGGUUUUUCCGGACAAUCCGGAACAAAUGGCGGGACGCCCUGUCCCGACACAAGGAAAACCAACGCCCGAUAUCCAACUGAUAACACGACUGACAAAACUUCAAGAGCCCCUUUGAUGCUCAGGUGACAAAAUCCACAAUCCUCAUUGCCCUGACAACAGUAACUCCCGAAUCCUCCCGUCCAAUCCACAAAAAGGCAAUAAUCUUAAACAACGCACAAACACACCCUUCUUGCUGCCCACAGCCCGCCCAUCGAGAGCCUUCAAAAGACUGAAUGUUUAACUAAUCGUGGUCAUUUUCUCGGGAACCUUUUGUCAACGUGUGGUAGGGUGACCUUGCCUCCCCGGCUGAGUGUUUCUGUUUCGCCUUGCCGUUUUCAUCUCUGUCGAACUGAAUAAAUUGUCAAUUGUUUUUGGUGAGCCUUCUUUAAACCUUUCAAAAUGGGUUAACACUAAAGUGAACGCGCGGAGUUUGCCCUUCUGGCUGGAUUGUCUGGAUCCCGCCAGCCAGGGCCGUUGGAGCUGCGCCAGGUCCGUCGGUUCGGCUGCUGCGAUUCCGGUGGUCUGGCUAGAUGGUCAGAUUCCUUCAAGAGGUAAAAAAGCACCCUAGAGUGCCUGCUAGAGACUUACAGAAAUCACUGGCACAGUGCAAUAUCUCUGUGUACACAUCAACUGUAUGGCCAAGAAUGGUGUUCAUGGGAGGACUCCACGGAGGAAGUCACUGCGGUCUAAAAAAAAAACCCAUUGUUGCUUAUUUAAUGUUCGCGAAAAAGCAGUUGGACACUCCACAGAAGUAGUUUUGUGGACUGAUGAAACCAAAGUCGAAUUGUUUGGGAGUAACACACAACGUCAUGUGUGGAGGAAAAAUUGAACAGUUCACCAAUAUCAACACCUCAUCCCCACCUUGAAGCAUGGUGGAGGGAGCAUCAUGAUUUGGGGCUGUUUUGCUACCUCGGGGCCUGGACAACUUGCAAUCAUCAAUAGAAGAAUGAAUUCAAAAUUUUAUCAGGAUGUUUUGCAAGAAAACCUGAGGCCAUCUGUCAGACAGUUAAAAGCUAAAAAGAGGAUGGAUGCAGCAAGUCAACAAAUGAUCCAAAAUACAGAAGUAAAUCAACUUCAGAAUGGUUUCAGAAGAACAAAAUACACCUUCUGGAGUGGCCAAGUCAAACUCCAGACUUGAACCCCAUUGAGAUGCUGUCUCAUGACCUAAAGACAGUGAUUCAUCCCAGGAAUCUGACUGAACUAAAGCAGUUUUGUUGAGAAGAAUGGGUGAGGAUUAGUCCUGAUCGAUGUGCCAGAUUGAUCUGCAGCUACAGGAACCGUCUGGUUGAAGCUAUUGCUGCCAAAAGGGUGGGCCACAAACGUAUUUUUCCCCCUUCUGUCAUUGUUUGCGUACUAUCCUCAUUAAAAUAUGAAAACCUAUAAACGUCUGGGUGGUUUUAGCUAAAGCAGGCACAGUUUUUUCAUCUGUGUGAUUUUGACAAAGAUCAGAUCACAAUUGAUGGUGUUUUCAUGCAGAAAUGUGAGAAAUUCCAGAAGGUUCAGAUACUUUUUCAUACCACGGUAUGUCUCGGGGCAAUUUAGAAAAAAUACUGUAUAUUCAUGUUGAAAUGAUGUACUUGUGGUUGAAUGCAAAAAUACUGUAAGAACCAAUAUGGGAUGUCAUGUAUCCUCAGAAUAGUACAGUAUGUGCAAAAGAUGGCAAGUUUGAUUCUGCAGUGUAUUAUUGUCGGCUGCAUGUCUGUGUGCGAGUGUGUGCGUGCUUGUUUUUCGUGGGGAAAAAAUAACUGGUUGUUUAAAAAAAACGUGUUGUGUAAGAAAAACGAAGGUAUGCGCGUGUAUUAAAGUCGGUAUGCACGUGUGGCGCGCGUGCGUAUGUUGUGCGUGUUUGUGUACUGAAUCAGUACUUAAGUUCAGCAUGCCGCCCAAGCUGAAUAUUACAGUUUUACUUUUGUCUUUUCACUUGUUGAAGAUGUAUGUAAAGUAUAUAUGUACAGUUUGUACGUAAGAGACAAUGGUGAAACCUUCAUAGUGAUUUUUGUUUUACUUCUAUUGCCAAGGGAGUCGUAAUGGUGUCUUGACCUACCAUGUCAUUCCUCGAGUACAAAAUGACUGCAAGACUGGACACGGUGAUGGCAAGACACUCAAAUAAAGAACAAAAAAAUCUAUAU